AUGUCGUUAUUUAAGAAGAAACCUCCGAAGUAUACCGCGCCACCGGUUCCUCCCCCUCCAGAGGAGAUUCCUAGCCAUCAAUCUAACGGAGUGGAUAACAACAACGGAACUCAAAAGUCGCAGCUUGUGUUCCACUGCCAACAGGCACACGGAAGCCCCCUUGGAUUAAUUUCUGGAUUUUCCAACGUUAAAGAGCUAUAUCAAAAGAUUGCUGAAUGCUAUGACUUUCCUCCUGAAGACAUAUUGUUUUGCACCCUGAACACACAUAAGGUGGAUAUGAAGAAGUUGUUAGGGGGACAAAUAGGAUUGGAGGAUUUCAUUUUCGCGCACAGAAAGGGCCGGCCUAAGGAAAUUGAAAUAGUUAAAACCGAAGACGCACUAGGCUUGACGAUAACGGACAACGGCGCAGGAUAUUCGUUCAUAAAGAGAAUAAAAGAAGGAUCUAUUGUAUCCAGAAUACCGCAUAUAGAUGUUGGUGAUCAUAUUGAACGGCUAAACGAUGAGAAUAUGGUCGGUCGGCGUCAUUAUGAGGUCGCAAAACUACUAAAAGAAAUACCAAAAGGGACAACAUUCACUAUAAGAUUAGUAGAACCACUGAAAUCAGGUUUUGGAAGUAUAGGACCUAAAACUAGCAGUGCGAGAUCGGGGAAAAAACAAAGUUAUGGUUCGGGUAAAGAAACUCUAAGGUUCAAGGCCAAUGGACAAGCUACAAUAGAAAAUGAGCCUGACGACAGAUCGAAGGCUGGCAUAGAUAAAAUAAACGGUCUACUUGAAACAUUUAUGGGAAUAAAUGACACUGAACUGGCAACACAGAUGUGGGACUUGGCAGAGGGGAAAUCCAAUUCGAUGCAACUCGCAGAGGCCAUAGACAACAGCGAUUUACAAGAGUUCGGUUUCACUGAUGAAUUUAUUAUUGAAUUGUGGGGUGUUAUUACAGACGCUAGAUCUGGGAGACUCAGUUAA